GAUUUCAGAUUUUUUUCUUCAAACAAAGUUGCUGCCUCUUGGCGUGAAGCAGAACCACGUUCUGUGGAACCAGCACUAUUCUUACUCGAAAUUCAAGCACUGUUCUGUCACUGAAGGGAGGAAAUUCUGGGUUUCCCUGGGUCAGACUUGAGCAGAGGGCUUGUGUGCUCUCCUGCAAGUUUUCUAUACUUCCACCUUGGUGCUGAGUGUAAACUUAGCCUGUGCUGUCAGAGCAAGAACUGAUGGGAAGACCAAAAUCUGUGGAACAAACAUUUACUUCCAGCUCUCCAUGCUUAUCAGAAUCCUUGGAACUUUGGGAGACAUCCAGCUGGAAGAGAUUGGCUGUGGCAUGGAAAUUCAACUGCAGCUGGUUUCAACAGCCUUUAAGGGAAAAUGCAGUAGGCUGAGCCUUAUUCUUAAGUGAACCAAGAGCUGUGGUAAUGCAAGCGUCCCCUCUGGAUUGGUAAAGGUUACAGAAAGCUUCUUGAGGAAAAAACACCUAUGGAAGCCAUCCAGGACAGACAGCGUAGACUCACAGUCACAUCAGCAUGGCUGGAAGCAGAAAUGAUUGAGGAGAGUGGGAAGAGGAGGAGGACAAUGGCAGAGAAGAGACAGCUGUUCAUGGAAAUGAGAGCACAGAAUUUUGAUGUCAUCAGACUUUCAACGUAUCGAACAGCCUGCAAACUCCGGUUUGUACAAAAAAGAUGUAAUCUUCAUCUUGUUGAUAUCUGGAAUAUGAUUGAAGCCUUCCGCGAUAAUGGCCUUAACACUUUGGAUCAUAACACAGAGAUCAACGUGUCUCGACUAGAAACAAUCAUUUCAUCCAUCUACUACCAGCUAAACAAACGCCUUCCUUCUACUCACCAGAUCAGUGUAGAGCAAUCCAUCAGCCUCCUCCUCAACUUCAUGAUAGCAGCGUACGACAGCGAGGGCCACGGGAAGUUGACGGUGUUUUCAGUGAAAGCCAUGUUAGCGACAAUGUGUGGCGGUAAAAUCCUGGACAAACUAAGAUAUGUUUUCUCUCAGAUAUCAGAUUCAAAUGGCCUAAUGAUAUUCACAAAGUUUGAUCAGUUUUUGAAAGAAGUUCUGAAGCUUCCCACAGCCGUGUUCGAGGGGCCUUCUUUCGGAUACACGGAGCAUUCCGUACGGACCUGUUUCCCACAACAAAAAAAGGUCACGCUAAACAUGUUCCUAGACACGUUGAUGGCUGACCCGCCUCCUCAGUGCCUUGUGUGGCUGCCUCUCAUGCACAGACUUGCCCAUGUUGAAAAUGUCUUCCAUCCCGUGGAGUGUUCGUACUGCCGGUGUGAGAGCAUGAUGGGCUUCCGGUACCGAUGCCAGCAGUGCCACAACUACCAGCUCUGUCAAAACUGUUUCUGGCGUGGCCACGCAAACGGUUCUCACAGCAACCAGCACCAGAUGAAGGAGCACUCCUCUUGGAAAUCGCCUGCGAAGAAGCUGAGCCACGCCAUUAGUAAAUCGCUUGGUUGCGUACCGAGCAGAGAGCCGCCGCGCCCCGUGUUUCCUGAGCAGCCGGAGGAGCCCCUCGACCUCGCACAUAUCGUUCCUCCCCGGCCUCUGGCUAACAUGAACGACACCAUGGUGACCCACAUGUCCUCUGGAGCACCCACCCCAACCAAAAGAUUGUGUCGACUGUGUGAUCUAUAGAAAUCACAGCCGAUCUGGAAGAAGGGGACAGAGAGAAACUUGAGCUCAGAUUAUCCAUGGCAAGUGGAUAAACUCUGUGUUUCUUUGCAAAAUAUCAGGAGAGAGGCUCAUGCAAAAUGGAAUCCCAGCACCGAGUAUUCUGCGGGGUGGUUCUGCUGGAGGAGGUGAAGCCUCCAUAGAUAAGCUUUUCGGCUGCUGAUGUAGUGGAAGUGCAUGGGCACAACUGCCUCAUUGCUAAUGGAGCAAAGGAGAAGGUGGAACAAGUGUUGGCUUUAUUGCCAAGUACCAGCAUUGAUCCCCAAGUACGGUUUACCAAAGGAAACACCAACAUCCAAAGGAAACACCAACAUCCAAAGGAAACACCAACAUCCAGAAACUCAUUCAGGAUGCAUCCUUCAGAUCCUAACCGACCAGCUGUGCGUCUGUUCUCCUGUGGGCAGGGCCUGGCCUACCCAUUGCCGUGAUUUGAGAAGGGGGACACCGCAGGAAAUGCUAGGGAAAUGCCAUAUCGAGCACUAAUCCAAAAUCAGAGGGUGGAUGUUAUAACCUGACCCUUCGACUUGU